AUGUCCUACCGCGGCAUUGACGUAAAAUCAACCACCAGUCGACCCCUCGUGGAGCUCAUUCCCAACGACAACCUCUACGUGUCUGACGAAGACGAAAGCUUUUACGCUAAAGAAGACGAUCAUUUCAUCCCCCCACAUUGGAAAGCUAUGAUCUACCGCACUUCGAACCGAAUUCCUCGCAGAAUUCAGCGGUAUUUCGUCAUCUACUUUACCCUGCUUCUUAUCACGUAUAUUUCGUGGAAAUCGUACCUGGGCCCGCGGUGGGAGGCGAAUCGACAGGAAUUGAGGGAGAUGGAUGAUAUUCCGCAGGCAGCCUUUGGGAGUAACAUGCGGCCAGAUUUUACGGAUAUGAUUCAGGUUAAGACGAUGGACGAGAGGCAUUUGCCGAAAGGUGCUGAAGGCAAGAGAUUAAUUGUCGUCGGAGAUGUGCAUGGGUGUAAAGAGGAGUUGGACGCGUUGUUAAAGAAGGUCGAGUUCAAGGAGGAGAGUGAUCAUUUAAUACUAACGGGAGACAUGAUCGCGAAAGGCCCCGAUUCCCCAGGCGUAAUCUCGCUCGCGCAAAAACUCGGCGCAUCCGCAGUACGGGGCAACCACGAAGACCGGACCCUCCUUUCCAUCGCUGAAAUGCGCGCCCACCAUGCCCCACUCCCUGGCCCGGAAGAACCCACCGACCGCUCCUCCGACUUCCUCGACGAAGAAUCUUUCUCGCACGGCGACUACCCGAUCCGGAAACUCGCAAAGCAAUUCUCGCGUGAGCAAAUAGAUUGGCUGAAACAAUGCCCCGUCAUCCUCAAAGUCGGCCCUGUCGAAGGCUCCGGCGAGUUGGUCGUAGUCCACGCCGGACUCGUCCCCGGGGUCCCACUCGAACGCCAGGAUCCGUUUCAGUGCAUGAAUAUGCGGACGAUUGAUCUAAAGACACGUUUGCCGUCAGAAAACCGUGAUGGCACACCGUGGGAAAAAUUCUGGAACCAUCAACAAGCGAAACUUCCUGCUCAUGAACGCAUGACGGUGAUUUAUGGGCAUGAUAGGAAGAGGGGGAAGAAUAUUAUGAAGUACAGUAAGGGGCUGGAUUCGGGAUGUGUGAGUGGUGGGCAUUUGACUGCGUUGGUGAUUGAGGAAGGGAAGACUACGCUGGUUAGUAUGAAGUGUAAGACUUAUAUUCAGUAA